AUGCAGAGCAUUCAUUUGCAUAGGGACAUCCUAGACGAGAGAUUCAGCUGGGUUCCAGCUUGGUGGUUAAGGCGCCGGGGUAACCAGGGGUCACGUGGUUUGAACCCAACUCGGGCAUCUCAUCUGCUCUUUUCUGGACUUGGUCAACCUAGUAGUAUCGCAUAUCUUGUGUCUCCUUCGGAUGGCAUGGCAGCUAGACACUAA